AUGGGAACUAAAAAUGAAUCAUUCGCGGAUUUUGUAUGCUCCCAGAAGUUUAUCUCUGGUGAAUGGUAUUUAAUCCCGUAUGAAGGCAAGAUUUUCAACAAAAAGCAUAAGGAAGUCACCGGCUGUCCUUACCAGGACGGAGACAACAAACGGUACGUUAUCGGUACUAAAUGGCAUGGAAUUACUACCCAUAUCAUAAAAUCACGUGCUAUCUGGAUAGGUGCGCAUGGUGGAGUAGUUCCAAGUCCGGAAAUGCAAAUAGAUCAUAUUGACGGAAACACUUCAAAUGAUUGUAUCGAUAAUCUCAGGCUUACCACCCAAUCCCAGAAUAUGGGAAACUUGGCAACGCUCCAUAAGCGACUUGGUGAGGGAAACCCUAACGCAAAACUGACUGAAGAUGACGUCAGAGAGAUUAGAUUUUAUAACGAUAUUCAAAACGUAGCCGGUAAAGAGUUCAUAGAGGCUUACCGGAAACAGAACGAGAUAGACGAACUGAAAAAGAGACUUUCAGAACUCGAGGGAGAACUUCAGGAACUCCUGGCAAAACUCGUUGGGAAACAAGAUGAGGUUUUUGCAGUGACCGACUUGAAGCCUUAUCGCGUUGUUGAUGCUGAUUAUGUCAAGGCAAACCUGCCGGCGGUUUAUUCCAAACUCAUAAAGUGUUCAAACACUUCAAUUGGGAAAAUCAUGUCGGAGCAUUACACCCAGGAUGAACUCAAUCAGUACCUGGCAAACAUAAACCCUGACAUGUUCCAGAAACUCUCCAGUAUUUCCGUAACAGAUUUGGAGAAGGAACUGGGAAAACAACGCGUGAAAAUGCUGGAAGGAAAAGGCGUUCACAUUCAGACAAAAAUGAGUUCUUCUACCAAAGUCGUACUGAAGGAACCCGACAAAUACAAAAACCCAUUAUUGGAGAAUGAUGAGUAA